CUGGAGCUGUGGUUCCGUCGAGGCGUGGUAGGAAGUGGUAGCCGUCAAUCACGAGGGAGACUCCAAACAGUGAGCCUGGAGCUGUAGAACAGCGUUUACCGGCGGAGCGGCCGGUCCUGUGAGCGACGCGAUGGCUACGGACUCCCCUCGAAGGCCCAGCCGCUGUACCGCUGGAGUCGUGGUUCGCCCUCAGGCUGUCACGGAGCAGUCCUACAUGGAGAGCGUCGUGACUUUUCUGCAGGAUGUUGUGCCACAGGCUUACAGCGGGACCCCCCUGACAGAAGAAAAGGAGAAAAUCGUCUGGGUCAGAUUCGAGAACGCAGAUCUGAACGAUACAUCACGGAAUUUAGAAUUUCAUGAACUGCAUAGCACUGGAAAUGAGCCCCCUCUGCUGGUUAUGAUCGGCUACAGUGACGGCAUGCAAGUCUGGGGCAUCCCUAUCAGCGGGGAGGCCCAGGAGCUCUUCUCUGUCCGACACGGCCCCGUCCGAGCAGCUCGAAUCUUACCUGCUCCACAGUUGGGUGCUCAAAAAUGUGAUAACUUUGCUGAGAAAAGACCUCUUCUUGGUGUUUGUAAGAGUAUUGGAUCUUCGGGUACAACACCACCGUACUGCUGUGUGGACCUGUAUUCACUUCGUACUGGGGAAAUGGUGAAGUCCAUUCAGUUCAAAACACCCAUUUAUGAUCUUCAUUGCAAUAAGCGGAUCCUCGUCGUAGUCUUGCAGGAGAAAAUUGCUGCCUUUGAUAGCUGUACUUUCACAAAAAAAUUUUUUGUCACAAGCUGUUAUCCUUGUCCUGGGCCAAACAUGAAUCCCAUUGCUCUUGGGAGCCGCUGGCUUGCUUAUGCAGAAAACAAGUUGAUUCGAUGUCAUCAGUCGCGCGGUGGAGCCUGUGGAGACAACAUUCAGUCUUACACUGCCACAGUCAUUAGUGCUGCUAAAGAAAUCGGCCACAGGGUCUCUCGUCAUUUUGAACCUUUCUCUGCCCUAUCAGUUGUCCCUUAUCCAUUAGCGCUAAUGGCGUUGCGCUCUCAAAACUGUUGUCGUUAUCAGACACUGAAGAGCGGCCUGACGAUGGUUGGGAAGGUGGUGACGCAGCUGACAGGCACACUGCCCUCGGGGGUGACAGAAGAUGACGCUGCCAUCCACAGCAACUCCAGGCGGAGCCCCCUCGUGCCGGGCAUCAUCACAGUCAUAGACACCGAGACAGUUGGAGAGGGCCAGGUGCUUGUGAGUGAAGAUUCAGACAGCGAUGGCAUUGUGGCCCACUUCCCUGCCCACGAGAAGCCAGUGUGCUGUAUGGCUUUUAAUACUAGUGGAAUGCUUUUAGUCACAACAGACACUCUUGGCCAUGACUUCCAUGUCUUCCAAAUUCUGACUCACCCCUGGUCAUCAUCACAAAGUGCUGUCCAUCAUCUGUACACUCUUCACAGGGGAGAAACCGAAGCCAAAGUUCAGGACAUCUGUUUCAGCCAUGAUUGUCGCUGGGUGGUGGUCAGUACCCUCCGGGGUACUUCCCACGUUUUCCCCAUCAACCCUUACGGUGGCCAGCCUUGUGUCCGCACACACAUGUCACCACGAGUAGUGAAUCGCAUGAGCCGUUUCCAGAAAAGUGCUGGGCUGGAAGAAAUUGAGCAAGAACUGACAUCUAAGCAAGGCGGUCGCUGUAGUCCCGUUCCAGGCUUAUCCAGCAGCCCUUCCGGCUCCCCGCUGCAUGGGAAGCUGAACAGCCAAGACUCUUACAAUAACUUCACCAACAAUAAUCCUGGCAACCCCCGACUAUCUCCCUUCCCCAGCCUGAUGGUAGUGACCCCUCUAGCACAAAUCAAACAGCCAAUGACGUUGGGGACCAUCACCAAACGUACUGGGCCUUAUCUCUUUGGAGCGGGGUGUUUUUCCAUAAAAGCUCCAUGCAAAGUCAAACCACCUCCACAAAUUUCACCGAGCAAAUCGAUGGGUGGCGAGUUUUGCGUUGCUGCAGUGUUUGGGACCUCCAGGUCGUGGUUUGCAAACAACGCAGGUCUGAAACGGGAAAAAGAUCAGUCCAAACAAGUUGUAGUUGAAUCUCUGUACAUCAUCAGUUGCUACGGAACCUUAGUAGAGCACAUGAUUGAGCCCCGACCGCUCAGUACUGCUCCCAAGAUCAGUGACGACACACCCCUGGAGAUGAUGACGUCACCCCGUGCCAGCUGGACACUCGUUAGGACGCCUCAGUGGAACGAGCUACAGCCACCGUUUAACGCCAACCACCCCCUGCUCCUCGCGGCAGAAGCCGUGCACUACUACCAGCUCCUGCUGGCUGGCUCGCUUCCCCCUGGAAGUCCCGGCCCCAUUACUCGACAUGGGUCCUAUGACAGCUUGGCUUCCGACCAUAGUGGACAGGAAGAUGAAGAAUGGCUUUCCCAGGUUGAAAUUGUAACACAUACUGGACCCCACAGACGCCUGUGGAUGGGUCCCCAGUUCCAGUUUAAAACCAUCCACCCCUCAGGCCAGACCACGGUCAUAUCAUCUAGUUCGUCUGUGUUGCAGUCUCACGGGCCGAGCGACACACCACAGCCGCUCUUGGAUUUCGAUACAGAUGAUUUAGAUCUCAACAGUCUCAGGAUCCAGCCAGUCCGCUCUGACCCAGUCAGCAUGCCAGGGUCAUCCCGUCCAGUCUCUGAUCGCAGGGGAGUUUCCACAGUGAUUGAUGCUGCCUCUGGUACCUUCGACCGGAGCGUGACCCUGCUGGAGGUGUGUGGGAGCUGGCCUGAGGGCUUUGGGCUGCGACACAUGUCCUCCAUGGAGCACACAGAGGAGGGCCUCCGGGAGCGGCUCGCAGAUGCCAUGGCCGAGUCACCAAGCCGAGAUGCUGUAGGAUCUGGAACAGACACAGCCCUUGACGUAGCAGUCAAAAACAGCACCCCCGGGAGACACAUGACUAUGAAGUGUUUGGAACUUCAGCGAGAGGGAAGCAUCGAGACUCUGAGUAACAGCUCAGGCUCCACCAGUGGCAGCAUCCCCAGGAACUUUGAUGGCUACCGAUCUCCGCUCCCUACCAACGAGAGCCAGCCGCUCAGCCUCUUCCCCACUGGCUUCCCGUAGGCACCAGCCACCUGCUUCUGACUGGCUGAGGGACAGGGAGAAGCACCCCACCCCACCCCACCCCCUAUUCCACCCCACCCCCGCACGCCUCUGGUCCUACCCUUCUAAGUCUCUGCUCCUCGUUCACCAACCCCACCUUCCCUAAGCUUAGUGACAACGACUGCUAAUCCUCUCUGGACGAAGAGAGACUUCCAGAACUGCUCGGCACACCCUGACCUCGGUCACUCCUGUCACUGGGGGCUGUGGCCAAAAGAGACUGCAGAAACUCGGUCCCUUCUCUCUUUGCACAUAAUGUCCCGCAUCGGAUCCGCUUUUGUAUUUUUUAACUGUACCCACAGAGGGACUGGCACAGUGGCCAGAUCGUAGGGCCCGGGUGAGGAGAAGUUGAGUGGUCCAGCCAGGCAUUUGGGUGGACGAUGUCAGUCCUAGCCCACUUCAGGCUGUGAUGCACACUGCCCCCAGGUAUCCCUGCUCAGUUCCCUCCCAAGACAGGAGAGAACUGAAGCCCCGAGUGAUAGCGAAGGAAGAAGGAAAGAGGCUGCCUUUGCCCCUUGCUUCCUUUUGGCUCAUGGGGAGAAUCUGUCUGUCUUAUCUUUGAGUCCUUGUACCCUGGUCCUGUACUGUUGAGUGAAGGAAACCGUGGUUACUGAGGCCGUAUCAAAAGUGCACGUCUUGUCCAAUAAAUCACGCUGCAAUUGGUGUCCA